AUGGUGAGUAUUGUGUGUUACGCACCCCCACCACCGCAGGACCCAGGGCGCCCCCCCCCCAGGCACCGCAGCGAGCACCGCCCUGCCCUGCCCAGGAGCCGGACCCGAGAAGCGCAGCCCCACCGCAAGCGGGCAGCCACGCCCCCAGGAGCCAACACGGCCACCACAGCCGGCCACAAGGGCGAGACGGGCCCCAAGGCCCCCCGGCCACCCCAACCCACCCUCCCCAAGCCCCCACCCGCCCAAGAGGACAGCGCCCCCAAGGCCACCGACCCCCCCCACGCCACCCCCAUAGGGCCGGGCACGCGCCCCCCCGGGGACAAGCGCCCCAGGCCCCAGCCGGAGAGCCCACAAGGAGCCCACGCCCGGAGGCCAGGGAGGGAUAAAAUCAAGAACCUGCUGUCGAAAGGGGCUGUUAACAAUAUGACCAGUCUGGUGUUGGUGAAUGCUAUCUAUUUUAAUGCUGAUUGGGACAAGAAAUUCAAAGCAAACUACACAUUUGAGCGGCUAUUCAAAUUGAAUAAGAAUGAAAUUAAGCCAGUUCAGAUGAUGGAACAGACAGGCAACUUUGGUUUGGCAUUCAUUCCGGAGGUCGAUUGUCAGAUUCUAGAGAUGCCUUACAUUGGUAAAGAGCUGAGCAUGCUCAUUAUUCUGCCUAGUGAGAUUGAGGAUGACUCCACAGGGCUUGAGAGGUUGGAAAGGGAGCUCACAUACGAGAAAUUAAUUCAGUGGACACAGCCUGACAUGAUGAAGAGUGUUGAGGUAAAUGUGGCUCUGCCCAAGUUUAAGAUGGAAGAGACCUAUGACCUGAGAGAUAUUCUGGUCAGUAUGGGGAUGGAGGAUGCCUUCGAUGAGUCAAAAAGCGACUUAACUGGCAUUUCUUCCAGCACUAACCUAGUGGUGUCCAAAGUGGUGCACAAGGCCUUUGUGGAGGUGAACGAGGAGGGCACAGAGGCUGCUGCUGCCACUGCUGUCACCAUGAUUCUUCACUGUGGCAGGCUAUACCAAAAUCAUUUCAUCGCAAACCAUCCCUUCCUGUUCUUCAUCAGACACAACCCCACUCAGAGCAUCCUCUUCUGUGGCCAGUUCUGCUCCCCUUAA